AAUCUGCUGCUGGCGGGAAUCCAGACGAACUGAGAGAAGCUACCUUAGCUCGGUUAGCUCCACUUUAGUACUACAGCACCCUUUAAAAAACACCUACAGAUAUAAGUCAUUAUACAAAUCCGAAUAGUUCUGUAGAUUAACCCAAAAAUUAGCCGUCCGAAUCUAUUUUUGUGGAUAAUAAACCAAACUACGACUAUUAGCAGAAAAUUGCUAAGUCUCCGUUAGCUGUUAGCUCUUUAGCAUCGCUCCGUUUGGUUGAGUCAUUAAUUUAAAUUUUCCUGGAGAACAGGGUCAGAAAAAUGGCAUCAGCGAGGAAACAAAUGAAGAAGAAAGUUCCAGAGGAAAAGGCAGAUAAGAAAGUGUUUGACUUUAAUGAAGAAGAUGGAAAGAAAGAGAUGAUGAGCGGUUCAGAGGAUGAAGUGAGAGGAGGUGAGAGGAGCUAACUCAGGGUUUUAAUAGUUAUACUAAAUAAAAACACUUUAAUGUAAAUCGCUGUGAACAGAUGAGACUCCAGUAGCAGAUAAACAGGCGAAGAAAAGACCAGCUGCUGACUUUGAUGAGGAGGGAGCCGCCUGUGCUGUUGGGUAAAUAUAUUCAAAAUAAGUUUAAGAUUACAUUAAUAUGUCUGUGUAAUAUCAGCUGUCACUUUUAACUGUUUAUCUUUUAACAGAAAUGAAGUUCAGUCCAUGUUGGAGAGGUUUGGAGGUGAGUAAAUUUAAGCAGCUGUCUGUGUUUAUGGUCCUUACCUCAGGUGUGGAUAUAAAAUAAAGUUUGGUUUCUAGAAAAAAGUGAAAAUCUGGGCAUAUUAUAAAUCUUUUCUCUUCUGGUCCAGGUGUGAGCUCACAACACAGUAGUAGAAGUACUUAGUAUUACAUUAUAGUUUAGUAUUUAUGAUUAAGUAUGCAGUAUUUUACAUUAGAUAAAAAGAUGGACUCGUAGGGGAGAGUGGGGUAAGUUGAGCCAAAGGGUAAGUUUCCCCAUUGGUUGUAAAUGGUUAAAGAAAUUGAUCGUGUGACCAAAUAUUGAGGAGAUGGGCAUCAAUUCAUGGAGUCUGUGAAGGUUAGAAGCAUAGACUAUGUAAACUAUUGACAACUUGGUUCCGCCUCCCGCCUGUAUAUGAAUUUGAAGCCAGAAAGCUCUCGGUAUUUCCGGAAAACAUGAACCCCCUGAUAACUUUUAAAAAUGGAGCUGUACAGAAAAAAGAGGACUUGAGCACAAACCAGUCUGACAGUAACUACAUGUCAACAUCACAACCAGGGGGGAGAAACAUUUAUAUUCUGUGUCAUUAAUUUAUAAAGCUUGUCCACAGCUCCAUAAGGAGGCGGGGUUUAUGACCUUUACUGCAGCCCGUCACCAGAGGGCGCUGUUCUCAGAGAGAGGAGGCAGACGGCAUCUAUUCUAGAUACAGUCUAUGGUUAGAAGCACAUGGGUGGAGGGGUUAGACAUUUAUUUUAAAAAAAAAAACAGUUUUUUUUUCACUCUGUAAAGUGAAUUUAGUCUGUCAUCAGUUUGAUUAGAAUUGUGUUUAGACCAAAAAAGAUAAUUUUAGUUUUUUACAUCAAUUGUGGUAUCUAUGAGCUCCAACAUAAGGUCAAAAACCUAGCAUAAAAGUCCACCAUUUUAGUUUAGUGGACUAAUAAAGUCAUCAUAGUAGUUCAGGAGGGGACUGAGAAAGUAAAGUAGUCUGAUGCGGUGUUGCCAGAUCAGAUUGACAGUUUGUAAACCCGUAAAAUCAUAACACAUGCAAUAAAAAACGCUCAUAAUUAUCCAGAGCUUCAUAUAGCAUCAAAUAACCACACAUACAUGAUAAAUAGGUUUAAUUUCAACAAACAAGAGCGCAGUAAAUCAACCAUAGGCUACACAAAUUACAAGAUAAACCUCUGGCAUCCUAGCGCCAGGCCCAGAUUAGUAACAAUGACUGCUGCACGUAAAAAGGUGCAUUUUUAACCAUGUAGGCCUAAUGAAUGUAAUUAUUUACAUCACAAAUGACCCGUAUGAGGACUACUUACAAAACAAUUAAAAACAAACAAAAAUGCACAGAGCCCCUCUUCCUGCCUCUUUUUCUCCACCUGUGGGGCUGAAAGACGCACAUGACCUGUCCGUACAGCAUCUGACUGAGAUUUCAAACACACAACCACGAAAAACUAGUUUUAAGAUGAACGAGCAAAUGCUGUAAGUGGGCUACAAAUCAGUCACAGUGCAAAUAAAAUAAGGUGAAAUAAAAACAACAAUAAAUGAACAAUAUUGAGAACCAAAAACUUUUUUUGUUCAAAUGUUUUACUGAACAGCUUUUUAUCAGUAAUAUGUAUUAAUAAUAAUAAUAAAAAGAAUGAUUGUACCAGUUGAAUGGAGUAUAAUAGAUAAAAAUACACAUGAAUAUGAAGAAGUGAGUGUUAUUAAGGGAGAGAGAAGGUGAGAGAGGGCUGGGGUGAGUUGACCAUAGGAGACCACUUUUUCUGAAGAUGACAGUUCUGUUCACACUCAUUCUGUUAGUUUUCAGGGAUGAACAACAUCCUGAAAUAUCUGCAGAGACACAAGUCAGAGACUAAACUAGGACUCACUUGAUGGACUGAUCCCAAAUAUGAACAUGGAUCAUCUUACCCCACUUUUCCCUACCUUAAUCGAUCUGAUAAGAUGCUGUGCUGUGUGUUUGCUUUCAGCUGAUAUCAGUAAAGUGAUGCAGGCCAAGAAGAAACGUCUGGAGGUUCUGACAAAGAACUACAUGAAGGGAAGUCAGCACAAACUGGAGCAGCUGUGGAACACCCACCACACCCAGAGGUUUGACGGUUUCCUCCUAAAACUAGAAAACUUUGGGACAACCUGCUGAAACUUUUGGCAUCUCUGGGAAGUGAAGUGUCUGGAACGGGUUUAUAGAUACUGAGAGCAACAACAGCAGAAUAUAUGCAGAGGGAAAUAAUCAAGUGAUAUGAGUUAUAUCACCAGAAUCUGUUCAUCAUAGAAGUUGUAACUCCUGCCUGCUGAGCAGUGAUCACAUUUAACUCAGUAAAAAUGUACUCUUCUUGAUUGUUACCCUUUAUUACUAAUCUGUUAGUGAAUGUAAGCAUUGGUCUUUUCUACUGUUUGACAUUUAUUGAUAGCUGUGGUGAGGCUAAGACCGUGGGAGAUGAUCUACAAAUUAAUUAUGUUUUUAAAGAUUAAGAUAAAACUUGACUGAUCAAAGGAGGGCACAAAAAAACUACCAACCAUUAUUAUAAGUUAUAAAGAUGAGUUUCAGUUCUGCCAGAGUUCAUUCAGUAUUAUCCCACACAGUCGAACUAUUCUGCACAACAAGCCUUUUUAAUGUUGGUACUUUAAGUCUGUUAUGUUGUGGACAUGUUUGUUAUUUUGCCAGCUUUGUUUAAGAUGUGUUUGUUUGUGUGUGCAGGCAGAAGAUGACUCAGCAGUACUCCCAGCAGGUGUCCACCGCCCUGCAGCAGUGGGAGACCGAAGCCCAGCGAGCUGAAGAGCAGGAGGAGAAACUCAAUGUUUGUUCACGCUCUUGUUUUAUUGGAUAGAUAGAGAAGCAGGUUUGAUGCCUUUUGGUGUCCGUUCUGCUUUUUAAGGUGAAAUCUUCUUAAUGCAGGAUAUCAUUUUGUCAAACGAGCAACACGUUCAUGAUGUUCACAUUCUCAGAAAAGAGGCCGGAGCUUAGUUAGGAUCGUUGAAGUGAAACGUGACAUUUACAGGAUAUUUUCCAUGAAUGUGCGCUGGAGGUGAUGGGUCUGACUUCAUGGAGAAACAGCAGAGGUGAUCAUCUGCAGUUCUUCUCUCUGUAGAACCUGUUCAGACAGCAGCAGAAGAUCCUGCAGCAGGCCAGAGUGGUGCAGAACCAGAAGCUGAAGACUGUCAAACAGCUGUAUGAGCAGUUUGUAAAGGUGAGGUCUUUGACACGGUGCUUCCUGUGACACUGUAAAAAGGGUCUUACUUUUUAGCGAAAAGUCCCAGGUACUGAUCAGAGGUUGUUCUUGUUUGCGCUGAAUCAAAUCAUCUCAUCUCUGCUGCUCCUAUACAGACGUUUACACACCAAGCUGCACUGUGGUGCCUCAGUCAGUGUAUACAGGCUGACACUGCUGUUACAGAGGGACAGAAAAGACCAGAUAUCUGCUCAUUUGCAGGAUACAGAAUUAGUCAAAGCUAAACUAAAACCUUUUAACCAUGAAGGUAAUUUUCUCUGGAUAAAUCCGGAGAUGUAGUCCAUAGAGGCGGUAAUCGAUGCAGCUGAAUAAACGGAUACCUGACCUUUCAGAGCAUAGAUACUGUAAUAUUUGUAAGACGUCAUGGCAUUUACCUGGACCCUUUACCUCUUCUGUCACAUCUGACCUUCCUGUUUCUGUUGUCUUAUCAUCAAUGAAAUGAAAUAUUUAAACACCAUGAGAUCAUUGAAAACUGAAGUCAUGUGGUCACUGGAUUCAGGAAUCCUGUUGUAGAGAUCCAUGAAACCCAAACCUGUUCUGUGAUUUCUGUAGAACAUGGAGGACAUGGAGAAGAGCCAUGAUGCUUUCCUGCAGGGGGCACAACAGGAGCUGAAAAAGGAGAUGGCCACCCUGCAGAAGAAGAUCCUCAUGGAUACGGUAAGUGUAGAGUGAAGGUCCAAUCCCAAACCGACCCCCUCACACUCACCCUUCACUCCUGAGUGUCACUCGUAAUGAAGUUACACUCUCAGCUGUUGGAGUGCGCCUCAUUUGAAACAGGAAGGUAAAAACAAGACGGGCGGGUAUGGGACGCCUUCUUCACUCCACCGGAAAACUGAAGCCGUUCUGAGCCGCACCGUCUGCCUCGUUUCUUCAUCCUCCCAGUAAAAUCAUAAAUCCAGGAACCAUCAGAGUGACAGGAACUAAAUUAAACUUCUGAUUGUUAGUGAUUCCACAUGUCUUUGAACUCCUUUACUAUUGGACAUGUUUCUGCACAAUCAAAACAAAUGUCACCACAGAGUGUGAUUUUGGAGUUUCAUUUGAUCUUUCCAAACCACGUCUUAUGUGAUUUUUUUACCUGCAAAUCCUGUCGUGAGUGUGCGUUGGUGCAGACUCGCUGUCAAAGGGCUGAACGGUCCUCUCGCCCUCCUCGCUCUGUGGUUUGGGACGGCCUUCAAUGUGGCAGAGCCUCCGCAGGGGCGCACAAACGGAGGGAGAGUGUUUAGGGGGCAGUUUGAGAUUGGGCCAGAAAGUGUUAAACCCCGUAUGACUGCAGAGGCUCAGAAGAAGAAAAUCAUCGAGAUUAAAACAUUUGAAAAUAUCCUAACAUUUACACGUCGUGUUCAAUAUCUGUCUGAAAUAGACCUAGUGACUUUUAUCUCACCGAAACUUUUCAUUUUAAAUAAGAAGUGAAAUUUAAAACAUAUUUACAUUUUUUUAAACAUGUGAGAAAGGAAGUUACAGACCUUACAGUUACAGACACACCUUAGAGGAAGCAGAAGUUUAUAGUUGUGUGUGACAAACAUGAUACCAUGAUGAAUGUUUACGGUUCACACACUUGUUUCCACAGCAACAGCAGGAGAUGGCCACAGUCCGUAAGUCGCUGCAGUCCAUGUUGUUCUAGUGGAGUGUAAAAGAGCAGAGAAAUGAGGAGUGGUUCUGAGAAAUGCAGGAGUGUCACGUUUACAUGUCGUGUUGUUUUUAAACGUGACGUAUUUAUUCUGCUUGAGUUUAUGAUGGUUAAGAGCUUUUUUAGGAGUUAACUGAAUUCAUUUCCUGCUCUUAUCAGUGUGUUUGAGUUUUGUUCACAGCAGUCAUAGUUUCAUGUGAAUAGAGUGUUAAGUCUUGGACUGCUUAAACAAUCUGUUGUUGAAGUUAAACAAACAAAAAUAUGUAACAGGAGCUUUGUAUGAAAUUAUUUGAUGUGAAACUUGAGACAAAAGUCCUCCCUCAGAUUUAUAAAUAAUAAAUGAUUCUUCCUCAGC